AUGGUAGGUUUUGAGCAAUCCAAGCUUGGUCAUGUACACGGAGCGUCUCAUGAUGCAUUACUUAUUGUUCGAACUUCUUACGAUAAGCCGGACUAUCUCAAUCUGGCCAAAGCAGCCUACAAAGACUGGGCUGAUGUCGAAAAUGCUGCUGGCUUCAGACUUUUGCAGACCACCGGCGGCUCAACAUUCCUUCAGAAGAACGGUCUGACUCCAAGCCAAAUCACUGUGCUCCGGGUACGGGGAAGCCUAUAUCCACGGCCUUUGCCUACCAUUUCUCAGCCGGAGUCGCAGCCCCUGGUUGCGUAG